CUUCUAAAAAAGCAUAACUGCAUAACAAAACAUUCCAGUUUCACCACGUCAAGCGUAAUUUUUUUAUCAGCUGGCUUGUCGUAGGUUUUUCUUUCUUCCAGAUUUGAAUAAACCAAAGAUUAGUGCACUAUUCAUACGGAUAUGUACGUUAGAGAUUGUUAAUUGGUAACAAAUCAAUAUGUGUUGCGUAUUCGAUGAUCCAUCACCAAACUUGAUCGGAAUUCGGAAACGAUCGCAAUCAGGUGGUGAAAGAACGGGAUCAAAAAAAUGGCGCAACCGAAUGAGUGGCUUUCAUUAUUUCGUCAUCUUCGUCAGUGGGUCGUUGGUUUCGGGAAUGAUGUUUGCGCUAUUGAACUAUAACCCCAAUUAUCGGUCAUUGCCCGCCCGAGCCGCACCGCAUCAUCUUCCAGAUGGUAGGUUUCUUCAGAUUGCCGAUGAGGCUAAGGUUUUGGAGCCAUACCUGUCAGCGGUUAAGUUACCCGGAGGAUUCGAUAGUACUAGUGGCGGAAAGUAUAACAGAAAUGAGCAGCAUGAUACAAACGAACAGGAAGCGCUUAGUUCGUUGAAAAUGGCAACGGAAAUGAAGUUGGUGGGGAAGGACGAUAAGGCACUUCGACUAUUCCAGCAUGCACUGGCAUUGUCGCCCAAGCAUCCGGAGGUGCUAACAAAGUAUGGCGAGUUUUUGGAACACAACCAGCAGGACGUACUAACCGCUGAUCAUUACUAUUACCAAGCUUUGACGGUAAAUCCUUCCUAUUCGGAGGCGUUAGUGAAUCGCCAAAGGACUGCUCGCAUAGUCGAACAUUUGGAUCAGAAACGUUUCGAACGGUUAGAUGAAAAGCGGGAUGCACUUUCCUCCGUGCACGCUAUGAAUGCCGCACUAAAGCGAGCGGAAAAGGAAGCUUAUAUCCAGCAUAUCUACCAUUCGGUGGGGAUUGAAGGGAACACGAUGAGUUUGGCUCAAACCCGGUCAAUUCUGGAGACAAAAAUGGCAGUAGACGGGAAGAGCAUCGAUGAGCACAAUGAGAUUCUUGGGCUGGAUGCUGCGAUGAAGUACAUCAAUGCAACCCUGGUUAACAAAAACGAUUUUAUAACUAUGAAGGACAUAUUGGAGAUCCACCGAAGAGUUUUGGGCCACGUCGAUCCAAUCGAGGGAGGCGAAUUUCGGCGUACCCAGGUUUACGUCGGAGGUCACGUUCCACCUGGUCCGGGUGAUCUGUCGAUUCUGAUGAACCGUUUCGAAAACUGGCUCAAUUCGGAACAAUCUUUUCUGCUUCAUCCGGUAAAGUAUGCUGCUAUGGCUCACUACAAACUGGUUCACAUUCACCCGUUCAGUGACGGAAACGGCAGAACGUCCCGGUUGCUGAUGAACACACUGCUGAUGCGUGCCGGUUAUCCACCGGUGAUCAUCCAGAAGCAACACCGACACAAGUACUAUGACCAUCUACAGAUUGCUAACGAUGGUGACAUUCGACCGUUCGUGCGGUUUAUCGCGGACUGCACCGAACGGACGCUGGAUCUUUAUCUCUGGGCUACCAGCGAUCUGUCCAAUCCGAUUCCGCUGCUGGCGCAGGAGAGUAUGGCGCAAGGUGUGCCUCUGAUCAAUGGUUUCGAAGAAACGAGUACUACGGAAGGUAGUGGCGCCGGGGAUACCAUACGGAUAGGAAUCAUUUGAUGUUUGCUUGCAUCGGUGCUCAUCAUCGCGCUAGUGAUACUGCUGCUACAUCAGAGGCCUCGUCCGAUGGUGAUGCUGGUCGUAGUCUAAGAUCGAAUGUUCCUUUCACAGAAGGUUAUGCCAAAGCCGCGAACGUCGAGGUGAGUAGUAGCUAGAGAGUGUUGGGUUUUGUUUGUUAUAACUUUUAGCUUUUAACUUGAGUCCUUUGUGGCAGAAAAUCUUUUAUGAAUUGUUGUUUAUGUUUAGAUUAUUAACAUGUAUGAAAAAUAUAAUACUAGUGUAUUUUGCAGAAAAAAAUGAAAGGUUUAUCGAUAAAAAGUGUAUGUGUGGCAAGAUUUGUAACUGUAAAUAAAAUAUGAGAUCAUUGAAUAUGCUGUUCGAGUGAGAGGCGAGAUUGAGUUGUAAAUAACAUUUCUCUUAGCUAGAUAUUUCUCCUAAGUGCCAGAAAGAUUGUCUACAAAAAAUCGAAUAAACAAUUAUCAGUUUAUUCUAAAUAUUUCUGCAACUGAUUGGAAAUUCUGCACAAACGCUAUUUCACUAAAAGUUGUUCUGAUGACCAAUACGGUUGAUAUAUUUAGUUGUACAGGAUAGUGUUCCACUAUUUUUAUCUCACCUGAAGUACUUUGUGCUCUAGUAAUAAUGUGCUUUUGAUCGAAGCGGAAAAGAUAAUGGAGACGCCUAGUUUGUAUCAACGACAUGGAUUUUAUUAGGUUCAUCACUUGCUGAAGUUAUCGCUCCUAUUAUUGAAAAAUCUUCCGCAAUUUUUGAUUCUAGAAACAUUUCAGCUUCAUUAUUAUUUUCUAUUUUUCGGGGUUUUCAAUCUUUGGUUUUAAAAAAUUUAACGGUGAUAUAUAUGUUUGAAUUCCAGAUUAGUGAACGAUUUCUUAUAAUCACAACUCUCUGCAUGUGUCUACCAGGAGUUUACUUGUGUUAAACAAUAAACUUUGUAUAAUAAUGUAUAUGUUGUAAAUUGUUACUAAACUAAUGCGAGAAAUGCGCACAGAAUUUAUAAAAUAAAGAUUUGUACCGACUAGGUUAAUUUAUAUUUUUUUGCUUAUCAGGUUAGCAUACAGGGUAAGUCCACUUAUUUAAUUGCUAUAUAACAGGAUUGAUAAUUUAUGAUUUGGAUUCUAUCUGUGAUUUUAAAAUAGUUUUAUAAAUUAUGAAAAACAAGUUGCAUGCAAGAACAAAAAUG